AUGAAGCCCUUUACUCUUGCCACAGUGGCCACGGCCCUGCUUUCCAACCAGGCUGCUGCGCUACCUACUCUUGACCCCGACACUCCCAUUCCUCUGAACGCCUUCAAGUUCAACCCUCGCGAUGGACAGGACCCUCAUCUUGGCAUCGACCCUGAGCUCAUUCGCAAGUUUGCUUCUCAGGCUCCUCCCAACCUUGGAAAGCGAGUCAUCGACUUCGACCCCAAGAAGCAACUUGUUGAUGUCCAUGGCGACCAUGAGUUCAAGGCUCCUGACUGGGACGCUGGUGAGGUUAGAGGACUUUGCCCUGGCUUGAACACUCUCGCCAACCACAACUACCUUCCCCGUAACGGUGUUGCCACUUUCACCCAAUAUGUCACUGCAGUUGGCCGGGUUUGGGGUAUGGCUCCUGACAUGUCUGCCCUCCUGACCACUCUUGGUGUUGUUCUCGGUGGCAACCUGUUCGCUGUCUCCCAGGGCGGUUGGUCCAAGCACAUGAACAACAACCUGCUUGGCCUCCUUGGUACUCCCCGUGGUCUCAGCGGCUCUCACCCUUUCUUCGAGGUUGAUGGCAGCCCUACCCGAGGUGACCUUUACGACCCCAUUGGCGACAACAACAACAUGAACAUGUCGUACUUCAUGGACCUCUACAACCUCCAGAAGGAUGCCGAGGACCCCAACUACAGCAUCGAAGUUCUGUAUGAGCACAACAAGAACCGCUGGCACCAGACCAUUGCCACCAACCCCUUCGCCUGGUUUGGUCCUGCCAGUGGCUGGCUCGUUCGUGCUAGCCCUUACUCCUUCACUGCUCGUCUCGCUGCCAACCGUUCCGCUGAGCACCCUGAUGAGGGUCGUCUCGACAAGGAAACCCUCAAGGCCUUCUUCUCUGUUUACGGACCCGAGGACAACAUGACCUACGUCGUUGGCCAUGAGCGCAUUCCCGAGAACUUCUAUCGUCGCCGCUACACUGACUAUGGUAUCGCCGCCAACGCUCUCGACAUUGUUACCCACAGCCACCCCGAGGUGCUCAGUAUCGGUGGCAACACCAACGGUGUCAACACCUUCGUCGGUAUCAACAUUGAUGACCUUGCUGGUGGUAUCCUCAACGGCAAGAACCUCCUCCAAGGCAACAACCUGGUCUGCUUCGCUCUUAACGCCAUCAAGACUGUCACCCCCAACGCUGCCUCUUCUCUCUUCGCCACCCUGACUUCCGUUACUGAUGUCGUCUUCGCUGCUCUCGAGCCUAUCAUGGGUGCUAUGGACUGUGCUGUCUACGACGACCUCAGUGUCAACGGUACUAACUGGUUCGACUUCAACAAAGAGACAUACCCUGGCUUCAAGAAGGCUGGAGGCGGUUGGUAA